CGCCAUCGCCCCGCCCGGCUGGUCCCCCGCGCGCGCCCGGCGUCCGGGGCAGCGGGGCUGGAGCGACCCCCGCCCCCGCCGGCUGCAGGAGCCCGGCCCGGCCCGGCCCGGUCCGCGCGGGCCCAGGCGGGAGCAGCCGGUGCCGCCGGUGCCAUGGGCAGGGGCUGGGCCGGGGCCCCCCGCGCUGGACGGCGCCGGCACCGGCCCCCCCCUCGCCGCGCCUCCCCCUCCCGCUCCCGCUCCCGGUGCUGCCAGCCAGCGGGCGCCAUGGCAACGGCUGCCGGCAGCGCGGGGGGGGCCCCGUGAGCGCGCGGGGGCGGCACGGCGCGCGGGCCCGCGGCCGGCACCGGGCAGCGCGGAGGAGGAGCCCGCGCCCGCCACCAUGGUGAUGUCCCAGGGCACCUACACCUUCCUCACCUGCUUCGCCGGCUUCUGGCUCAUCUGGGGCCUCAUCGUGCUGCUCUGCUGCUUCUGCAGCUACCUGCGGCGGCGCCUGCGGCGGCGGCAGGAGGCCCGGCUGCGGGAGCAGAGCCUGCGCGCGCUGGAGCUGGAGCCCCUGCACUACGAGGGCUACGCGGGCAGCCCCCCCGGCCUGCCCGCGCCCCACCGCCUCCGCCUCGAGCCGCACCCGCCGCACGCGCACCCGCACCCCCACGCGCACCCGCACCCCCACGCGCACCCGCACCCCCACGCGCACCCGCACCUGCCGCCCCCGCGGCCCUGGAGCUACCGGCACGAGUCGGACCUGUCCAAGCCGCCGUGCUACGAGGAGGCGCUGCUGAUGGCAGAGCCGCCACCGCCCUACAGCGAGGUGCUGAUGGACACGCGGGGGCUGUACCGCAAGAUCAAUGCUCCCUUCCUGAGCCACGAGCGCCCCGAGAAGCAGGAGCAGCUGCCCAGCUACAAGCCCCUCUUCCUGGACCCGAGCUACGGCUCCUCCCUGCACCUGCCCAGCGGCGCCGGCCAGGGCCACACCUGCCCCGAGCUCUACCUGGCGGCGGAGCACUCCCAGCGCAUGUUCCCCAGCUGGACGGACUCCGAGCUCAGCAGCAGGGACACAUAUGAGCCGGGGCCCUGGCACCUCCCUGUCUCGAUGCCCUUGUUUGGCAGGACUACGGCGGUGUAGAGCGCGCUGCCCAGGCCAGCAUCAGCAUGGGACUGAGACCAGGACUGUGGCCGCUGUGCCCCACUGUCACCCUCCACCGGGCUGCUCCCCACGGCUGCCGGGGGCUCCUCAGGACCAGCGCGACCCCUCGCCCCCCCCGACCUCUGCCUGCCACGGCCAGGGCGCGAGGGGCUGGCUCCCCUCUCGCCCACGGCGCCUGCCGGCCUCCCGGGGCUGCAGGGGCUCCGUGCUGCACCCCGGCGCAGCCGUUUCUUAUCUUGUUUGUUACAGUUUGAGAAUAAAAGUUUGUGGAACCAG